AUGGCACGAGCCACCGAUCUUCUUGUGAUUGCGCUUAUCGUUUUUCCUAGCAUGGUUUUGGCAACAGAGUAUAUUGUUGGAGAUGAUGAAGGCUGGAAUUCUGGAGUCGAUUACUAUGCUUGGCUUGAUGGCAAAACUUUCUAUGUUGGAGAUGUGUUAGUUUUCAAUUACAAUGCAGGUGACCACAAUGUGAUUGUAGUUGACGCUGACGGGUAUGAUAAAUGCAGUGCAUCUCCAAACUGGGGUUCUUAUGACAGCGGCAACGACGGGAUAACAUUGAGCUCUCCCGGGGACAACUAUUACAUAUGUCAAUGGCACUGCGAUUACACUGACCAGAAGCUUAAGGUCACUGUCUUACAAAGCUAG